GCGCAGUGCCACGUCCGUGCUGCGAGUGAGCGAGAGCGAGGCCCGAGCGGCUGGUGUCGGGCGGCUGGCGAUGGCCGGGCAGCAGUUUCAGUACGAUGACAGCGGCAAUACCUCCUUCUACUUCCUCACCUCGUUCGUGGGGCUCCUGGUGAUCCCGGCCACCUUCUACCUGUGGCCCAGAGACCUGAUUGACGAGAAACGCAGGAUAAAGACAUUAGGAAAAGUACACGGGCAAUGCUUGUGGUACCAGUUACAUUUAAGAAAAGCCGGGCACAGUACAGCUCCGACACUAAAGAAAGUUUCACUGAUUUGCGGUUGGAUAUUACUGUGCUGCCUUUUGUACAAAGUAUCAAUAAUAGAGAAUAGAGAGAAAGAAUACAACCCGUACGAAGUGCUUGGUGUGGACCCUGGAGCAUCAAUAGGAGAAAUCAAAAAACAGUAUCGACAGCUCUCACUCAAACAUCACCCAGAUAAAGGAGGAGAUGAGGUGCUUUUUAUGAGGAUUGCAAAGGCCUAUGCUGCUUUAACAGAUGAAGAAUCGCGCAAAAAUUGGGAAGAAUUUGGCAAUCCAGAUGGUCCGCAAGCGACUACUUUUGGCAUAGCCCUGCCAUCAUGGAUUGUAGACCAGAAGAACUCUAUGCUGGUCUUGGCUGUGUAUGGAUUUGCAUUCAUGGUGAUUCUUCCUGUGGUUGUGGGAACGUGGUGGUACCGCUCCAUUCGAUACAGUGGUGACCAGAUUCUUAUUCAGACAACACAACUCUACAUGCAUUUUAUGAACCGAACUCCCAAUAUGAAUAUGAAACGCCUUAUAAUGGUAUUAACUGCUGCCUUUGAGUUUGAUCCGCGGAGUAGCAAGGAAGCAGUCAUGAGACCGACGGACAACACCGAAAUACCUCUGCUUAUUCGAGAGCUUGGAAAUGUUAAUGAAAAGAAGAAGGAGCUUCCGUUUUGCUUACCAUACAGUGUGAAGGCUAGAGUUCUCCUCCACGCACAUCUUUCCCGACUGGACAUCACCAAUACCUUGGAAGAAGAUUAUUGGCUAGUCAUCCGGAAGUGCCCUGGCCUCCUCCAGGAAAUGAUUAAUGUUGGCUGCCAGCUGACCAUGAUGGCCAACACACGUGGAGGGAUCCACGCUCCUCGUUUGGAGUCCAUAGAGAACUGCAUGAAACUAUCACAGAUGCUGGUGCAGAGUCUGUGGGACUUUAAAUCUCCUCUGCUUCAGCUUCCACACUUUGAAGAAGAACACCUUAAAUACUGCUGGUCUAAAAAGUACAAAAUCCGAACAGUUCAGGACCUGGUUAGUAUGAAGGAUGCUGAUCGUCGCAGCAUGUUACGUUUCCUUAGUGAGGAAAAAUAUGAUGGAGUCAUGGCAGUGCUCAGUAACUUUCCUCACGUUAGCAUGGAGGUCAAGUUGCAAGUUCUGGAUGAUGAGGACAGCAGUAACAUCACGGCAGGGUCUAUAGUUACUGUGACUGUGUUGCUUCGCAGAGGGUACAUGGCUACCAUGUUUGAAAAAGAGCAAGAACAGGUCACUUGCCCAACAGAGGAGCAGGAAUCCGAAGAGACACAAGCAAAUAUUGCAAAAAAUAAAAAGAAAGUUUGGCAGAAGAAUAAAGGAGCCAAGAAACCCAGUAAAUCUAAGAAAAAGAAAGCAGCCAAAAAAAAGGCACCAACUCCAACACCACAGCAGCCGCCGGCAGAACAGCAGAAGCAGAAACCGAAACACAGUCAAGCCAAUGGCUCCCUAUUGCCAGGCAAUGAUGCAUCAAACAGAGAGGAAGAUGAUGACGAACUAUCAGACAAAGGGAGUGAUUCUGAGGAAGAGACAACCAACAAAGAUUCCCAAAGUGACAAGGACGAUGACAGUGACAAGGAAUUUAAUGGAGAGAAGGACGAUGAAGCAGAGUGGGAGGCACUUCAGCAAAGUAUCCAAAGAAGAGAGCGGGCUCUACUCGAGACCAAAUCAAAGAUCACCCACCCAGUGCACACUCUAUACUUCCCUGAGGAGAAGCAGGAGUGGUGGUGGCUGUACAUUGCAGACAGGAAAGCACAAACAUUAAUAUCAAUGCCAUAUCAUGUAUGUACUCUUCAGCAAGACGAGGAGAUUGAAUUGAAGUUUUCGGCACCGUGUAAAACUGGCAAUUAUCAAUACUUUGUGAUUUUGAGGUCUGAUUCUUACAUGGGUUUAGAUUUAAUCAAACCAUUAAAGUUUGAAGUUGAAGAGGCGAAACAUGUGCCAGAAACUCAUCCACAGUGGGAUAUCCCUGAGACGGAAGAGGAGGAGGAGGAUCAGGAAGACAGUGAGGGAAUUGAGGACAGUGAAGAGGAUGAGGAAGAUAAUGAUUCAAACUAAUUACAGACUACUUUCUCUCAACAACAGAAUGGUGCACACACUUCCAACUACUGCUAUUCUGAUAGCUUAACCAUGUACAAUAAAUAAAAAGGAUGGGGUUGGGGGGGGAGGAACAUGGUAUGUAGUUAAUGGAGGUCAAUUUAGCAGUGCCUUCAAUGUUAAUCACAUCAAGUGUACUGGAAGCUGACUCCUCUGUCAAUGGCAGUGCCCGAAAAACUGGGUUUGUUGGACCUCAGGCUUGUAACCUUCGACCGCUGGUUAGCAGAAUCCUGGCUUUUUACUAAACAGAAAUCUCAGUGUAGCCCGAGCUGGACGUUCAAUGCCACAGAUGUCACCAUUGAUGAUGUCAGGUCAGGUUCGCCUCUGGCACAUUCUGUGUAAUAAAUAUCGAGUGUGCUACUAAAUUGGCCCCAAUGCGAGACAUUUCAGCUCCAGGAUGAGCAGUUUUUGAAAAUGUGACAGUGACGUACUCUAAAGCACAGAGGUUCAGUUGUCUAACACACCGACAUGCCAUCUUUUACCAGAGCGCCCUUACUGCCGCUUCAACCAUCUGUGGAAAAUGGAGAACGUUUGAUUCCGCAAUCCUUUUGUUGUGUUUUUUCCAAAUCAUGAAGAGGUUUUUUACACUACAAAAACUCAGAUCCGUGUGGUACCCUGCACCUGGACUGAUACCUCUGGAAAAGGAUUUGGGACCGCGUUUAAAAUGUCAUUCAUUUCAACCAGUGAAGGGUCAGCGGAAACUGAUGGACCACUUUUAGUGCAAGUGUUAAAAGACCGAAAGAAUUUUGAGCUUUAGUUAGUAUAAGUUAGCACCAACGUUUAAUCAGUAAUACAGAAACUACAGUUUUAAUUAAUUGACAGGUGAAAAUUUGGAGAAAAAAUAAUCUGUUAUGUACAUUUCUGCUACUUUUGUUUACAUGAAAUUAUAAAUGGGAAAUAUAUCCGUCUAUAUUCUUUGUAUUUAAUAAUAGUUGCGAAUAAAAUAGCGAAAGGUUUUUAAAAUGUAUAAACUUGUUUUGUAGUUUUAUCUAGCUGCCACAAAUGGUCUACAAUGAUGAACUAUGAGGUACAGAUGAGGUGUGUGCCAUUUAGAUAUGGGGAAAGGAACAAUAGAUUCGGAAAACUACAGUGCUAAUAAUAAACCUGUUUGCAAAUGCUUCCACUGCA